GAUUGAAGAUCUUUUGAUGCUCAUCGCAAGGGUCUAAAUCUUUGACUACAUCUCCCCAUGAAUGAGACUCUGGGUUGUUCCAUUGGCGUCUCGCUCUCCUCUUUGGGUCAUUGAGUUCACUAAUCCCUUGGCACUGUACAUCAGGUCUGAAGCCAUUCGACAAGCCUGGAGCAUAUCUCUGGAUGGUUGUUGAUUUUGACAGAAACAUUGAGAACAGGAGUCAAUCCACGCCAAGAGAGACUAUGACGACAGAAACUGACUGAAAGCUGACUGAGUGAAGGAAGAUGAUGUACUCCUCCAGACGCAAACCUGUCCUCUAUUUCACUAAGGAAGAUAGCAGGUCAGGCCUGCUCCUUAGGAUGUUACCAAGAAGAUGUUCCAUCUUUAAGCUGUUCUGUUCAUUAAUAAUACUCGGAUUGUUCUCAGUUAUAUGGCUGCACUACAACUGCACAAUAAACAGCAGUCAAAGCAGCAAUGAUGAUGCGUUGGUGCACAAGUCCUGUCAGGAAGAGACGGACAAUUCUGCAUGGGGCCCUCACAAAAUCGCAAUCAUUGUCCCUUUCAGGGAACGUUUUGAAGAACUAUUGACUUUUGUGCCAUACAUGCACGCAUUUUUAAACAGGAAGAAAAUCAGGCACAAGAUCCUUGUAAUCAACCAAGUUGAUCACUUCAGGUUUAAUCGAGCUUCUUUGAUAAACGUGGGCUUCCUGGAGAGUGGCAAUGAUACAGAUUACCUCGCUAUGCACGACGUGGACCUAUUACCCCAGAAUGACCAGCUGGAUUAUGGCUAUCCUGAAAAAGGGCCAUUUCAUGUGGCUUCCCCAGACCUUCAUCCUCUCUACCAUUACAGUAGCUAUGUAGGAGGGAUACUCCUCCUGACUAAGCAGCAUUUUGAACUGUGUAAUGGAAUGUCAAACCGGUUUUGGGGAUGGGGCCGUGAGGAUGAUGAAUUUUAUCGUAGAAUAACAGCAGCAGGGCUGCAGGUAAUCAUUUUGCACUGCCAUACACCAGAAUUUGAGAUAGACUCGAACCUUUCAGUGUUUUGU